AUGAAUACCAGAAACGCUGAAGGUCGGAAAAAUAAACAUGAUCGUCAUCUAUUCAUAUAUCUAUCUCGCGUUUCUUUCUUUCUUUAUUUCUCUCUUUCUCGCAUUUCUUUUUAUCUUUAUUUCUUUCUUUCUCGCAUUUCUUUCCUUCUUUCUUUCUUUCUCGCAUUUCUUUCCUUCUUUCUUUCUUCCUCGCAUUUCUUUCAUUUUUUCUCUCUCGCAUUUCAUUUUUCUUUCUUUCUUUCUUUCUUUCUUUCUUUCUUUCUUUCUUUCUUUCUUUCUCGCAUUUCUUUUUUAUCUCUCUUUCUUUAUCGAAUUUCUUUCUUUCUUUCAUUCUUUUUUCUAUCUCGCAUUUCUUUCUUCUUUCUUUCUUUCUUUCUUUCUUUCUUUCUCUCUCUCGCAUUUCUUUCUUCUUUCUUUCUUUCUUUCUUUCUUUCUCAAAUUUCUUUUUAUCUUUCUUCCUUUCUUUCUGGCAUUUCUUUCUUUCUUUCUUGCACUUCUUUCUUUCUUUCUUUCUUUCUUUUUUCUUUCUUUCUUUUUCUUUCUUUUCUUUCUUUCUUUUUUUUUUUCUCUUUUCUUUCUCGCAUUUUUUUUCUUUUUUUCUCUCUCACAUUUCUUUCUUCUUUCUAUCUUUCUUUCUUUCUUUCUCAAAUUUCUUUUUAUCUUUCUUUCUUUCUUUCUGGCAUUUCUUUCUUUCUUUCUUGCACUUCUUUUUAUCUUUCUUUCUUUCUUUCUUUCUUUCGUUCUUUCUUUCACGCAUUUCAUUUUAUCUCUCUUUCUUUCUUGCAUUCUUUCUUUUUUUCUCUCUCACAUUUCUUUCUUCUUUCUUUCUUUCUUUAUAUCUCUCUCGUUUUUCUUUCUUCUUUCUUUAUUUCUUUCUUUCUCGCAUUUCUUUUUAACUUUCUUUCUUUCUUUUUCGUAUUUCUUUUUAUCUUUCUUUUUUCUCUCUCGCAUUACUUUCUUCUUUCUUUCUUUCUCGCAUUUCUUAAUAUCUUUCUUUCUUUCUCGCAUUUCUUUUAUCUCUCUUUCUUUCUUUCUUUCUUUCCUUCUAUCUCUCUCGCAUUUCUAUCUUCUUUCUUUCUCGCAUUUCUUUUUAUCUCUCUUUCUUUCUUUCUCGCAUUUCUUUUUAUCUUUCUUUCUUUCUUUCUAUCACUCUCAUUUCUUUCUUCUUUCUUUCUUUCUCGCAUUUCUUUUUAUCUUUCUUUCUUUCUUUCUUUCUUUCUAUCACUCGCAUGUCUUUCUUCUUUCUUUCUUUCUUUCUUUCUCUCUCGCAUUUCUUUUUUAUCUCUCUUUCUUUCUUUAUCGAAUUUCUUUCUUUCUUUCAUUCUUUUUUCUAUCUCGCAUUUCUUUCUUCUUUCUUUCUUUCUUUCUUUCUCUCUCGCAUUUCUUUCUUCUUUCUUUCUUUCUUUCUCAAAUUUCUUUUUAUCUUUCGUUCUUUCUUUCUUUCUUUCUUUCUUUCUCGCAUUUCUUUUUAUCUCUCUUACUUUCUUUCUGGCAUUUCUUUCUUUCUUUCUUUCUUUCUUUCUUUCUCGCAUUUCAUUUUAUCUCUCUUUCUUUCUCGCAUUUCUUGCUUUCUUUCUUUUUUUCUCUCUCACAUUUCUUUCUCCUUUCUUUCUUUCUUUCUUUCUUUCUUUAUAUCUCUCUCGCAUUUCUUUCUUCUUUCUUUAUUUCUUUCUUUCUCGCAUUUCUUUUUAUCUUUCUUUCUUUCUUUCUCGUAUUUCUUUUUAUCUUUCUUUCUUUUAUCUCUCUCGCAUUACUUUCUUCUUUCCUUCUUUCUUUCUCGCAUUUCUUAAUAGCUUUCUUUCUUUCUUUCUCGCAUUUCUUUUAUCUCUCUUUCUUUCUUUCCUUCUAUCUCUCUCGCAUUUCUUUCUUUCUUUCUUUCUUUCUUUCUUUCUUUCUUUCUUUCUUGCAUUUCUUUUUAUCUUUCUUUCUUUCUUUCUUUCUUUCUUUCUCGCAUAUCUUUUUAUCUCUCUUUCUUUCUUUCUCGCAUUUCUUUUUUUCUUUCUUUCUUUUUCUCUCUCCCAUUGCUUUCUUUCUUUCUUUCUUUCAUUCUUUCUUUCUUUCUUUCUUUCUCUCUCGCAUUUCUUUUUAUCUCUUCUUUCUUUCUUUCUUCCUUUCUUUCUUUCUUUCUUUCUUUCUUUCUCGUAUUUCUUUUUAUCUCUUCUUUCUUCCUUCCUUUCUUUCUUUCUUUCUUUCUUUCUUUCUCGAAUUUCUUUCUCGAAUUUCUUUCUUUCUUUCUUUUUUCUCUCUUGCAUUUCUUUCUUUCUUUCUCGCAUUUCUUUUUAUCUUUCUUUCUUCCUUUCUUCCUUUCUUUCUUUCUUCUUUCUUUCUUUCUUUCUCGCAUUUCUUUUUAUCUUUCUUUCUUCCUUUCUUCCUUUCUUUCUUUCUUCUUUCUUUCUUUCUCGCAUUUCUUUUUAUCUCUCUUUCUUUCUUUUUCACAUUUCUUUUUAUCUCUCUUGCUUUCUUUCUCGCAUUUCUUUCUUUCUUUUUUUCUCUCGCAUUUCUUUCUUCUUUCUUUCUUUCUUUCUUUCUCGCAUUUCUUUUUAUCUUUCUUUCUUUCUUUCUCGCAUUUCUUUUUAUCUCUCUUUCUUUCUUUCUCGCAUUUCUUUCUUUCUUUUUUUUCUCUCUCGCAUUUCUUUUUUCUCUCUCGCAUUUCAUUUUUCUUUCUUUCUGCCUGUCUUUCUUUCUUUCUUUCUUUCUUUCUUUCUUUCUCGCAUUCUUUCUUUUUUCCUUCAACCUGUCAGUUCUAUUAUAACUCUAUCUAUCUAUCUAUCUAUCUAUCUAUCUAUCUAUCUAUCUAUCUAUCUAUCUCACAGUUUCUUGUUUUCUUUCUAUCUCAUAUUUCUUUCUUUCUAUAUGGCAUUUCUUUCUUUCUUUUUUCUUUCUUUCACACAUUUCCUUCUUUCUAUCUGUCACGCAUUAGUUUCUAUCUAUCUAUCUAUCUAUCUAUCUAUCUAUCUAUCUAUCUAUCUAUCUAUCUAUCUAUCUAUCUCCUCCAGGCCGUUCAUAUUUCUCUGUUGUUCUCUGUUUUUUAGUCGCUUUGUUAAGAUUUCCGACCUUCUUCCUCAUCCGUUAUGCGUUCACAUAAGCUCGUCGGAAUUUUAUUCUACGCUUCUUUAUGGUGCUGAUACUUUGACUGAUCUGUCUAUCUAUCUAUCUAUCUAUCUAUCUAUCUAUCUAUCUAUCUAUCUAUCUAUCUAA